AUGCCUCCCAAGCAACAGCAGACGUUGGGGAAGUUCUUCGGCAAGAAAGACGCCCCCUCAUCGGACGGCAAGCAGCAGACGAAGCUGUCCUUUGGCACGAAAGCGAUUACUACCUCGAAGAAGGAAGAGACCAACAAGGAUGAGAGCAGUGAAGAUGCUGGACACGAAGAGGUAGAGAAGAAGGUGGAGGAGAUGAAGCUCAAGGAUAAGAGUCCUGCAAAGACGGGGAGGGGGAGAGGUAGGCCUCCGACCAAGGGGAAGGAGGUUGCUAAGGAGGCAGCAAAGGAGGAGGAGGAUGAGGACGUGAUGGAGGUCGUGGAGGAGGUGAAGGAGGAGACAGAUAACAAGAAGAAGAGGUCACGAUCACCGACGACCAAAAGCCCCAAGUCGAAGAAGGCCAAGACCGAGGAUGACACAGAGGACGUUGUUGCGCCUGUCAGCAAGCGGUUGAGGAGAGGUCGCAAGGUGGUUGAGGAUGACGAGGACGAGAUCAUGGAGGAUGUCCCUGCUUCUUCUGCGCCGGUAAAGGAGGAGAAGAAGAAGGCCGCUUCGCCCAAGCCUGCACGAAAAAAGAAGAGCCCAUCUCCCGCACCGGUAGAGAAGGUUGAUGAUGAGGAAGCCUCUUCAGCAUCGGCAUCCGAAAUCGAAGCCGAAGAGGAAGAGGUAGACGAGGACGAAAAGACCGAGGCAGUCGCCAAAAAGGCUCGCAAGGUCAUCCAGACCACACUCACAACCAAGGUUAAGGACCCCUUCCCGGACUGGAAGGCCGGCGAGCCUGUUCCCUACGCCGCCCUCUGCACGACGUUUUCACUUAUCGAGCAGACACGCAAGAGGUUGCUCAUCAUGGAGUACUGCUCUCUUUUCCUGCGCCAAGUCCUCCGUCUCACGCCCGACGAUCUGCUGCCCACCGUACUGCUCAUGAUCAACAAGCUUGCCCCUGAUUAUGCGGGUAUUGAGCUGGGCAUUGGUGAGUCGCUUAUCAUGAAGGCUAUCGGCGAGACCACGGGCCGCAGUGUUGCUGUUAUCAAGAAUGACCAGAAGGAGAUUGGUGACCUUGGUCUGGUGGCUGUCAAGUCGAGGUCGAAGCAGCCGACUAUGUUCAAGCCUAAGCCGUUGACUAUUCGCGGUGUGCAUAAGGGUCUGAUGGAUAUCGCUACGACCAUGACGGGCACGGGCGCCCAGCAGAAGAAGGUGGACGGUAUCAAGAAGCUUUUGUCGGCUGCCGAUGCGAAUUCAACCGGAAAGGUGGACAUCAUCAAAGAGAAGGGCGGGCCGAGCGAGGCCAAGUUCAUCGUCCGCUUCCUGGAGGGUAAGCUGCGGUUGGGACUGGCAGAGAAAUCCGUCAUCGUCUCGUUGGCGCAAGCCAUGAUCGCACACGAGUUUGCGCAAAAGGGUAAAGUACCAAGCGAAUCCGACUUCAGCAAGGCCGAGUCCAUCCUCAAGACCGUCUACAGCGAACUGCCCAGUUACAACGUCAUCAUCCCCGCCAUGUUGCAACACGGCAUCAUGAACCUCCGCGACCACUGCAAGCUGCGUCCCGGUGUGCCGCUCAAGCCCAUGUUGGCUAACCCGACAAAGGCCAUCACUGAAGUGCUCGACCGCUUCGAGGGCCAGACGUUCACGUGCGAGUACAAGUACGACGGCGAGAGAGCGCAGAUUCAUUAUGUUGCCAAGGACGCGCCCAAGAGCGAUGGUGACCUCAGCCAGGUCGCUAGCAAGGAGACCGGUAAGGGCGUCGCGGCUAUUUUCUCGAGAAACUCGGAGGAUUUGUCGCAAAAGUACCCGGAUGUGCUCGCCAAGUUGCCGACGUGGGUCAAAGAAGGCACCAAGAGUUUUGUGCUGGACUGCGAGUCCGUGGCGUGGGACACGGUCGAGAAGAAGGUGUUGCCGUUCCAACAGCUGAUGACACGCAAGAAGAAGGAUGUCAAGCUGGAGGAUGUCAAAGUCAAGGUGUGCGUGUUUGCUUUUGACUUGUUGUAUCUGAACGGUCAGGCGGUUGUGGAAAAGUCGCUGAGGGAGAGGAGGGAGUUGUUGAGGAGUGCGUUUAAGCCUGUGGAGGGCGAGUUCUCGUUUGCGACCAGCAUGGAUGGCCAGGAGCUGGAUGAGAUUCAGAUGUUCCUGGAUGAGUCCGUCAAGGCGAGUUGCGAGGGGUUGAUGGUCAAGAUGUUGGAUGGCGCGGAGAGUGGGUAUGAGCCGUCGAAGAGGAGUCGGAAUUGGUUGAAGAUCAAAAAAGACUACCUAGCCGGCAUAGGCGACUCGCUCGACCUCGUCGUUCUCGGCGCCUACCACGGCAAAGGCAAGCGUACCUCUGUCUUCGGCGCCUUCCUUUUAGCCUGCUAUAACCCCAACUCCGACACCUACGAAACCGUCUGCAACAUCGGCACCGGCUUCUCGGACGAAGUCCUCCAAGAGCUUCACGCUUCCCUAUCCCCCAUCAUCAUCGACCGGCCCAAGCCCUUUUACGCGCACUCCUCGGGCGGGCAGCACCAGCCGGACGUCUGGUUCGAGCCGAAGUACGUGUGGGAAGUCAAGACGGCCGAUCUGACGCUUAGUCCGAGGUAUAAGGCGGGCAUGAAGGAGGGCGUGGAUCCGGCUGGCGAGAAGGGUAUUUCUCUCAGGUUUCCGAGGUUUAUCAAGGUCAGAGAGGAUAAGAAGGCGGAUGAGGCGACGACGAGCAGGAUGGUGGCUGAGAUGUAUAGGAAGCAGGAGAGCGUGGGGAAGAGUAAGGGGCCGGCUGUUGAUGAUGAUUUUGAGUAUUAG